UAGAAAAUCAAGUUUGUGUAAAAUUACGCGCGCAACGCUUUAAUAAAUUCUCAAAUUAGAACACGAGCUAAGGUAUUUUAUAACUAAUGUUUAUUGUGUACAAAUUAAAUAUAAUUAUUUAACAAAAUGUCAACAACAAAACCGUGCAAUCAACAAAAUUGGAAGCAUCCAGAUGAGCUCAUAAAAUUACAUCGAUUGAAGCAAAAGAAAAAGCAGCUGGCCGCACGCUUAAAUCAAAACACAAAUUUGCCAAGUGUAAAGAAAUGCGGACUCGAUAAAGAGAGCUUGUUGGAGGCGAAGAUAGCGCAGAAGCGAAAGAAUCCCUUUGCAAUAAAAUCUGAGACGAAACGUACCCGUACCGACGACACGCCGCUUAUUGAAGAUGACACGCUGCUGGCUUUUGUCAACACACCGCCGCCACAGAAAGAUGCAUUUGUGCGUGAAACACCGACACGUCCUCCACCAGCCAAGUUGACACUGCAACCAUUCGAUCCGAAAUCAUUUGCUGCUAUGCUCCAUGGCACUGCGAUGACCGAAGAUGACGAAGCUGCUUUAGAGGAACAAAAGUUUACUAAGCAUCUACCAAUGGAUUGGAGCAUCAAAACACGUGUGCGCUUAUUUUGUCGCAGCGAACUGCCAACAACUACGCUCAAAACAAGUCAAUUGGCUAGCGGUUUGACUAGCUUCGUGCGGUGCAUUGAUCCACAGAAUGCGCAAUGCGGUUUAGAUAUUUCUCCUGCCACACGUUUCAAUCAGGCCAGUUACUAUUGGCAACAUCCUUACCUCCCUUGGAUGACAUUAUUUCCUCGUAAUACUAAAACUAAUAACGGUAUAGUACUUGGCGAAGGUGAACGCAAAUCUUUAGCAGACGAUUGGGACUACAGUUUUAGGGGAUUAUUUCAACUUUUGCGCGCACGACAGUGCCCCUACUUUUAUCUGUGCGCAAAUACAUUUACAGUGCUUUUUCGUGCAGCUGGCACCGGUGGCUGUGUGGAAACACAUGCUCUUAUGUCGCCUAGCACACGAGGUGUGCGUAGCGCUUUACGCCAAGAGGGUAUAGAAUACUCAAUGCCAUUGAAAAAGGAUAGCGCAUUAAAUAAGUCUGAUGAAGGUAACUUCACAGAAGAGAGUAACAGCGUCGAUGCAGCUACUGAGGCAGGGAAUACUGGCCGCCCCGCUGACACUUCCAACGAAUUGCUAGGAGAGGAAGACGAGGAAGAUACUGAUAAUUUUUUGGAAAAUCUUGAAGUGAAUGAUAAAGAUUUAAGAAGAAUUCAAACCGAGCAUGCGCGCAAGUUGAACGUGCAAGAAAUGUCCGAUGAUUUCAGCGAAAACUCGCUAUUGCUUAUAGAAGGUGUUGAAUGUCAAGGAUUUUUUAGUUUCCUGCUCAAUGCCAAAAGUACAAUUUCUAAUGUGGGUAGACUGGCAGGCAUUCCACCUACCCUAUUAGCUCCGGUGGCAUUCCCCAAAGCUACGAUGCAGCAAUUAGCAACACGCUCGAGUAAAGUGCGUAUGGAUGGUGUUGACUACAAUAGUAUUGAGAUGAAAGGUGUGAUAUUACCAUCCUUCCUGCCAUAUGCCUGCAGUUUGCUAGGCGAAAAUAAAGACACAUUUAGCGCAACGCUUGCCACUAACAAUAAUACGCUGGCGUUUAGUAAAGCAACUCAAUGUUUACUGGAGAAGGCUGUAUCUGAAGCAGAUGCACAAGAGCAACCGAAAGCAAGCGAUGAUGAAGCAGCAGGGCAGGUGUUUGGGCAAGAAAACUUAUCAGACUGUGGUCUGAUACCGAGUGUUGUAGAGUGCAUGUGUCGUACCGGACAAAAUGCCGUCACCCUUUUAGAACGUGUUUGUUACGAUAGAGAAUACGGCUACGCAUGGAGUUAGCAAGUAUAAAAUUGUUCCAAGAACUCAGAAAAAAGAUACUUUCCUAAAGCAUAUACUCAUAGAUAAUGUGGCAACUAAUAAAAUAAAUUAAUUUUCAAAAAAUA